GGAGAGAAGCAAGAGUGUACAUGCUCUGUCUCUCUUGCUCUUGCUCUCUCUGAACCGACUGUCUUUGCGUACUUUGCUCCCAAAUUCCAACAUUAAAAGGGGAUACGCGAACAACUCUCAUGAUAAACAACAUACCACGAAAAUACACCCAGCAAAUGCUCAAGGAAGAAAUCGACGCUACCAACAAGGGAACGUACGAUUUUUUAUUUCUGAGUUUCGACUCAAGGCGCAAUCGCAACGUUGGAUACGCGUUUGUGAACUUCAUCAACGUUGGCUCGGUAAUUACAUUCGCCAAAAAUAGGAUUGGCAAACGCUGGAACCGCUUCAAUUCUGAAGACCGAUGCUCCAUUGAGUACGGCAACACGCAAGGAACAGUGGCACUAGUACGAAAGUACAAGGAUGAAAGGGUCGUCGGAGAAGACCACGGCCCCAAGCUCUACAUCACGAGUGGCCGCCACAUCGGGGAAGAAGAGCCCUUCCCCUUCCCCGUCACAAUGUUUAUGCUUUUCUAAAAAAAACUUAAAAAUUUACAAAAAAAAUAAAAAUACAUUUAUACCUUUGCUUAUACAAUUUG